AUGACUCUCUUUCUUUUAGAGCUUCAUCGGUGCUUGCUUCUAGAUCAGAUCCUUCCGCCUUCCAUAUCGGUGCCCUCUGUCUUCCAAAUCAACGUCGGUCUCCACAACGAUCACACCUCGUUGAUUUUGGUCUGUUUCCUCCAUGAUUUAACGACGAACAUGGAGGCACAAACCUCCUCUGAGCAACCCCUUUCAGAAAACGAAAAAGUGAAGUUACCGAUCCAUACAACUAAUAACAUUCUUAAAUCUCUUCACCUUCUUCUCUUUGAUGCUAGACUCGUGAAUCGAAUCAUCAUUCGCCUACUCCGCCAAAUCGUUCCACUGGUUCAUCUGGAUGGAGAAGCUUAUGCUUACCUGCUUAAAGUUCAUGCACCAGAAGAUUGUAGCCCACGCAUAUUGGAUACCAAGGAUCCGGCUGAAAGGGAAAAUUUGUUUGCAGAUAAUGAGGAUCUACAAAGUGAGUGGAAAGCUACAAAAAGGAGCAACAGAAUGAAGGUUGUGUCAUUCCUUAAAGAGAAAACAGGAUAUUCUGUUAGUCCUGAUGCAAUGUUUGCUAAUUUCUUGUAUUUCUUCUUGCAUUUGCAGAUUUGCUCUUGA